UUCAACAGAAAAAAUAACUGUAGUGAAAGUGUUCUACAAUCUUACAUUUGCAGGGCCAUUGUGACAUUUGGUUUGAAUGCACUCCAUGGGAGGCACAAAGGCAGGGGUCGUGCUUGGGAAGGAGCUUGGGACUCAACUAAUGCUUAUGCUUUUAUAAACUAUACUGUUUCAAAAGGAUACCAGAUAGAUUCAUGGGAAUUUGGUAAUGAGUUGAGUGGAAGUGGUGUUGGUGCAAGUGUAAAUGUUGAGGCAUAUGGGAAAGACUUGAUCAAAUUGAAGGGUAUUAUCAAUAACUUGUAUAAAAGCUCCCAUUCAAAGCCUUCACUUCUAGCACCUGGAGGAUUCUUUGAGAAGGAUUGGUAUGCUAGGCUUCUUCAGGUUUCAGGUCCAGGCAUUAUCAAUAGUAUGACUCACCAUAUAUACAAUCUGGGUGCAGGUGAUGAUCCUAAGCUUGUGAGUAAAAUUUUGGAUCCCCAAUUUUUGAGCAGGGUAUCCAGAACAUUUGGUAAUCUCAGUCAGACCAUUCAAAAGAAUGGUCCUUGGGCUUCUGCAUGGGUUGGAGAAUCUGGUGGAGCCUAUAACAGUGGUGGUCGCCAUGUCUCUAAUACAUUUGUUAACAGCUUUUGGUACCUAGAUCAACUCGGCUUGUCAUCCCUGUACAACACUAAAGUCUACUGCAGGCAGACUUUAGUUGGUGGGAACUAUGGUCUUCUCAACAGAACUACAUUUGUCCCAAAUCCUGAUUACUACAGUGCACUUCUAUGGCAUCGACUAAUGGGAAAAGGCGUUCUGGCUGUUGAAAGUAAUGCAUCACCUUAUCUACGUUCUUAUGCCCAUUGUUCAAAAGGAAGACCUGGAGUAACCUUGGUCCUUAUAAAUCUGAGCAAUAAAACUGAGUUUGUGAUUGGUGUUCAAAAUGGUCUGAACAUCAAUUUGCACCUGGAAAACCAGAGUGCCCACAGAAGAGCAUCAUUUGCCAACAGCCUUAAGAACAGGUUUUCAUGGAUAGCGAACAAGGCUUCAGAUGGAUCAUUUUUCAGGGAGGAAUACCAUUUGACAGCAAAAGAUGGGAACCUCCAGAGCCAAACCAUGGUUCUAAAUGGAAUCCCGGUAAAGCUUACCGACAAUGGAGACAUCCCAAAUCUAAAACCUGUUCGUAAUGACGUGAGAUCUUCAAUAUAUGUCCGUCCUCUGUCCAUUGCGUUUGUUGCACUUCCUAACUUCGAUGCUCCUGCUUGUAGAUGAAAUUUACAUGCAGUCAACAGCUUGAGCUUUUAACUGUACUAUUAUCUUGUACAUGAUAAUUAUGGAACUGGAAAAUAUGGUGGGUUUUCAUUUCUUGCCAAGUGUAAUUAUCAUUAGAAUUUUAAUAAUGGCUCUAUCAAUCAAAAUGCAAUCAACUUUCUUUUU